AACCGAAAUUAUGAGAUCUUCUGUGUCUGUGCUCUAAUGGUACCGUUGGUACCAUCCAUUCCCUUAGAAAAAAUGUCAAUCGAUUAUUUAGGCGGCGCCACUUUGUUUUAUUAUGAGAAUUUUUAUGUUGCAAAAUUUGUAGGAAAAUUGACACUUUUGUUCGGAUGAUAUUUGAAUGCAGGAUAUUGACGUGACGUGAUGUGCAUUUUUCAGAUUCAUAUCGAUUAAGAUUUUUGGAAUUGAAAUUGUAAAAGAUUUAUUACUCAUUAUUACAGUGGUUGUCAUUUUGUAUGAAUGACAUACCGCAUGUCCAUGCAUGUUUACAAGCAUCUGGUGCUCAGGAAUUUUGACACAAUCGCUCUCAAAAAUCUACAUGAAUUAAUUAUUGAAAAUGACAUCUUCCAAGGAUCUUAACAUGGCAAGAAAAACCCUCGUUGCUUCCCUCGGCGAAAAUGCCAAAGUGUACUUUGAGAAGAUGAAGCAGUGGUUCCAGAUGAAGACCUCCAAGGAGGAAUUCGACUGCGAAGCCAGAAAUAUCAUGACUGAGGAUCAAGUUCAUCUUCACAAUGAAUUUCUUCUUUGUUUAUUUAAUAAAGUUCGGGGCCUUGCAACAGCAACACCAAUGAGAACUGUCAAAGUCAACAAUACACAUCCCCACGUGGACAAAGAUAAGGCAAUAAAGGAGAAGAGAUUGCGGUUAAAACGAAAAUAUAAAACUGAUAAAUCAAAUUUCGAGUCUGCAGACGUAUACAUAGAAGUUUUAAGUCAAAACUCAUCGCCAGUUGGCGACGAGCCCAUUGGCGCCAAUCGUUCCAGUGCUCAAGAGCUGGUUCUUCCGGAUCGUACCUUCGUCCUGGCGAGGCUCAUGCUGGCUGCAUGGGAAAACAACAUGGACGGCGCCGAGGAAAACACAGCGCACAUCAUUAUUGCUGCCACACAGAUAUUUCUAAAGAAUUUGAUAACCGCGAUAAUCACAAGGAGAAAGGGCUUCGCAGUUAGAGACGAUAGUUUUAUUUAUAAUAUUGGAGAACCCGUGCCAAGUUCGUGGAAGAGGAACACUAUUUCUAUACCUCAUAGUCUAUUUUCCAGUACUCCGACAGACGUCGUGGAUUCUGAUGGACAAGUACCUGCUGUUAAACAAAGUAUUGAUGAUAUCGAGCAAGCCACUGCCUUUGCAAUGGCGUGCUCUUCACAAACAUUGCCACCUGAGCUGCCUCCAGUUAGUGUUGCAGAUUUAUUACAUACGUUGAAGGUUCAUAAAAAUCUCAUAAACAAUCACACACUCUAUGCAACAAAUAUGGAGCGUUUAUUCACGUAUCCAACUCAUCCAACCUGGGACGAUUUAGAAGCGAAAAAAUUGUUGUGUUGAAUUUGUUGAAUUAUUACUGACAUUCAUCAGAUGUACCAAGCUCAAGACUGAAAAAUAAACGAUAUGAGAGUAAG